CGGCGCGGCCUCUCCCGCCGCGCCGCGCCCGCGCCCGACGCCAGUGCGGAAUGUGCCAGCGAACGGAACGGUCGUUUCGUCGGAGCGUAGCGCUAGCGCUCCCGGUUUUCCAUUAAAAUGUGUAUAAGAAUAAGUGCAGUGAACCCGCACGAGUUCGGAACGGUAACAAAAAACGCCGUCAUCGAGAUCAGGAGUAGAAAUCAACGAAGAACUUCACCGAGGAAGUGGGGACGAUGAGGGAACAGGAAGGCGACGGCCCGGAGAGCCGUUAGCCGGACUCGAUGGACGAGUAUGGCGGGCCGGCGGCGCCGCCCCGGCCGCCCAAGCCGGCGGCGCGCGUGCACCGGCCGCCGGGCGCGCGGCCCGCCGUGUCGCUGCUGCGGCCGCGGCCCGAGCUCGAGCGCGAGCGCAACGCCUACGUGGAGGCGCCGUGCCGCCCGCACCUGCCGCACCUGCCGCACGCCGCGCAGCCGCUCAAGCCGGUGACGGCGCAGCCCGCCGCCGUCGACAAGCGGCGCGCGCUCGCGCCCGACUCCAUCGUGUGCGAGCGCUGCGGCCGCUGCCGCUGCGAGCAGUGCGCGCGGCCGCGGCCGCUGCCGUCGCGCUGGCUGUGCGGCAGCUGCCUGUGCAGCGCCGAGGCGUGCGUGGACUACGCGUCGUGCAUGUGCUGCGUGAAGGCGCUGUUCUACCACUGCGGGAGCGGGGAGGACGAGGCGGGCUCGCCGUGCGCGUGCGGGCCGCGGCUGGCGUGCGUGGGGCUGCUGUCGCUGCCGCUGCCGUGCCUGUGGCUGUACUGGCCGCUGCGGGGGCUGGCGGCGGCGGGGGCGGCCGGCUACGCGCGCUGCCGCCGAGCGGGCUGCCGCUGCCCGGAGCCGCCGGUCCGGCCUCCCUCCAGUAUUAUCUAGUCCGCGCGCCGCCCGGCCGGCCGUGUACAAAUAUUUAUGACGCGCGGCCGGGGAGGACUCUAGUGCCUGUGUGUGUGCGCGGGGCGCGCCGGACGAGCGCCCCGCGGAGUGAAUCGUCUACGAGUACCUUGUAAAUAUAGUCGUAUAGUGUGAAUGUACGUGAACGUGUCGCCCGAACGCCGAAAGUCUCAAAUUUUCUUGAGACCGUGACGUGUCAUAAGAAAACGUUAACGUUAGUAUUUUGGAUUCGAGAUGAAUUCAGAGAAGAUUAAGAAAUGAGAUAUAAAACAUACUUAUUAAGAUGUAGAUAAUUUACCAUUUAUUUAUUAACUGAAUUUGUAUUUAUUUGUAAAUAAAACGACAACAUUAUAUUAUAAAUACGAAUGUUUACUACA